AUGCGAAACAACCAGGCAGACAACACCCAACGGCAAAAACUCGGCCUGGAGAGAAAGAGGCAGCGGCAGCGACGCGUCUGGGGGCUUACAAUUGCGGUCGCAACACUAGUGGCGCUUUGA